UUGGGUCGGAUGAUAAGGCAGUUCGUACACGGGGACCAGUUAUGUGGAGCGGUGAUCACGUGACAUCUCCCUCUUUCCAUUGGGAUCUUAUCAAGCGAUCACCAUGCCGCUCGCCAGAGAUUUGAUCAACCCCAGCCUCGAGUCUGAGAAGCGUAAGCACAAGAAGAAGCGCUUGGUGCAGAGUCCAAAUUCCUACUUCAUGGACGUCAAGUGCCCAGGUUGCUACAAGAUCACGACUGUGUUCAGCCAUGCCCAGACUGUGGUCCUGUGUGUUGGAUGCUCCACCGUGCUGUGUCAGCCCACGGGUGGCAAGGCAAGGCUCACAGAAGGCUGCUCCUUCAGGAGGAAGGCCCAUUAAUCCGCCAGUGUUUGUCUCCAGCCCGCUCGGGUGUUCAUGUAAAUAACGUCCAGCCCGUAGCGGGGAGGGAAGAUCACAGUAUGUCCCCUCUCCCUUUCUGACAAAGCCUAGCCUACCGACCAACACCGACCUGCACCUGACCGGCCUGAACCAGCGUGAUCCAGUACCAGAAAAUGUGCUGAGUGGAAAGAGUUAUCUCCAAAAGAGUAGAGAGAAGACUUAAGAAAAAGAGAGUAUUUGCUUUGCAAAAAUCAUCUAAUAAUCUGGUGAUAGGGAUAGGAUAAUGCUUGACCCCAUAUAAUCAGUGCUUAAAUUUAAGAGCUUUUUUUUUUUUGUUCCGAGCUAUGUAUCAGUAAAGCUCAGUUUGAGGCACUAACGGUGGUGGCAAAGGGAACUUUCUGACAAGUUCCGACGUCAUCCAUUUUAAGUGCAAAAUGUACCAUUGCUGUGCACUGUAUUGGUUCGUGUUUGUCAUGGAAUAAAAAUACUGUGCGUCUUUCCUCAAA